GGGGCGACCGAGCGCCGGCCGCGGCUCAGUCGCGGCUGAGGCGCGGGCGCCGGGCGGAGAAGGGACUCUCCUGCCGCCGCUGCUACUGCUGCUGCUGCCGCCGCCGCCGCCAGCGGGGCUCCGCCGCGGGCGGCCGGGCGUGGAGCCAUGGCCACCCUCAGUGAAAAUGUCCUGUUUGGAAUGGGAAAUCCUCUGCUUGAUAUCUGUGCCGUUGUGGACAAGGACUUCCUUGACAAGUAUGGGCUGAAGCCAAACGACCAAAUUUUGGCAGAGGAGAAGCACAAAGAACUAUUCGAAGAACUUGUGAAAAAAUUCAAAGUAGAAUAUCAUGCUGGUGGUUCUACUCAAAAUUCCGUUAAAGUGGCCCAGUGGAUGAUUCAGAGCCCUUACAAAGCUGCAACUUUCUUUGGGUGCAUUGGCAAAGAUAAAUUUGGAGAGAUCUUGAAGAAGAAGGCUGAGGAAGCUCAUGUGGAUGCCCAUUAUUAUGAGCAGAGUGAACAGCCAACAGGAACCUGUGCUGCCUGCAUCACUAGUGAUAACAGGUCUCUUGUAGCUAACCUCGCUGCUGCUAAUUGCUAUAAGAAGGAAAAGCACCUUGAUUUGGAGAAGAACUGGAAGUUGGUGGAAAAGGCCAAAGUUUAUUAUAUAGCAGGAUUCUUCCUGACGGUGUCACCAGAAGCAGUAUUAAAAGUGGCUACUCAGGCUUCUGCCAACAACAAGAUCUUCAGCUUGAAUCUUUCUGCACCAUUUAUUAGCCAGUUCUACAAAGAGCCUAUGAUGAAAGUCAUGCCUUACGUCGAUGUUCUUUUUGGAAAUGAAACGGAAGCUGCCACUUUUGCUAGAGAGCAAGGCUUUGAGACUGAAGACAUUAAAGAGAUAGCCCGGAAGACACAAGCCCUGCCGAAGGUGAACACUAAAAGGCAACGGAUCGUGGUCUUUACCCAGGGGAAAGAUGACACUGUAAUGGCUACAGAAAAUGAAGUGACUACUUUCCCUGUGUUGGUGAGUGAUCAGAGUGAAAUUGUGGAUACCAAUGGAGCUGGAGAUGCGUUUGUUGGAGGCUUUCUGUCCCAGCUCGUCUAUGACCGGCCAGUGACCGAGUGCAUCCGGGCUGGACAUUACGCAGCCAGCGUAAUUAUCAAGCGGUCAGGUUGCACCUUCCCAGAGAAACCUGACUUCCACUGAUACUGGUGAAUUGGAGGGAUCAAGAGUAACAUCUGUGUUGCCAUGGGAUUGCUGCCUAAAUUUUUCCUCAUUCCCUUUCCUCACCUUUCCAAUACCUGCAUCAACGCUUCUGUACUUCUGUUUGUUGUAUCCUAAACAAAAUAUAUAUUUCUAUGGUGUUUUCCAUUUCAUACAUCUACAAUGUCUCAGUAGUCUUAACUUUUGGAAACAGUGCUAAGUGAAGCUUAUUAUCUCAUCCGUCAGGAAAAAAUGUUCUAUUUACACUGUUUACAAGGAAGUACCAUUUAAAUGACACUGCUGAUUAACACCAUUAAAAUACUUCUGUUGAAUUAUCUAGUUUGUAUCCAGCUGUGGCCAAAUCCUAUUCAACUUACAUGAAAUCAACAGACCUGACUUUAUUUGUCACUUAACGUUAUAAACCAGGAAUUGUUCUUUCUAUACAGUGGAGUCAGACCAGUGCAAAGAGCAGUGUAAAUGUCCCAAGAAUUUCCAUAUGUAUUGGAGUGUACAAGAUCUGGCCAUCAGAUCCAGCCCAGCUUCCAUGGAAGUACAUCGCUGUUUUGUCCAUAAUUUAAGGACCUGAUCCUCAGUUGAUAUCAUGCAUUCAGUCAUCUUGCACUGACGGCAAUAACUUUGGGUCUGGCCCUAUGUGAGAGCAGGCUCUGGCCACUUUUAUCUGUCAGUACAUCUAUAGGUCUAUAAGUACAGUCACUUUUAUCUGUCAGAUGAGCUAGCAGAUAGGUACUUUCAGUGAUUUCAGGGCAGAUGCACGAGUUGAUGAUGAACAUAAACUUACAGAUAGGUCCUAUCUCCUCAUGUGAGCUUCCUAGAGGCUGUAUUAAGGUACACAUAAUGAAAAUGAGGUACAGAAAUAUUUAUGCAGGAUAUAUUGACAGGAUAUGCCAAAUGGAAUCUCUGAAACGCACAUUUUUAAACUUUUAAUUUACUUUGGAUAAUUAAGCAAUAUGGUGGAUUUUGUUUGUAUUUACAGUAUUCAAGGAGGUGAUCUUACACUGCAUUCAUUACUUUGCUAUGUAAUUUGAUACUGAUAAAUAAAAAAUAAUUGUCAUACAGUAA